AUGGCAGAGACGCAGCAGCAAGAGAAGAUGAUGAAUGGAAAUAGCUGCGAAGUUUCUUGUCAAUCGAAUUCUAAUCUUUCAACACCACCACCGUCUGAUCGUCCUGUUCGUGUUUAUGCUGACGGGAUCUAUGAUCUCUUCCAUUUUGGCCACGCUCGCUCCCUUGAACAAGCCAAAAAAUCGUUUCCAAACACGUACUUGCUCGUUGGAUGUUGCAAUGAUGAAAUCACACACAAGUACAAGGGCAAAACUGUUAUGACUGAGGAUGAGCGUUAUGAAUCUCUUCGCCAUUGCAAGUGGGUGGACGAAGUCAUUCCUAGUGCCCCUUGGGUGGUUGAUCAAGAAUUUCUCGACAAGCACAAUAUUGACUACGUAGCCCAUGAUUCUCUACCCUAUGCUGAUGCCAGUGGAGCUGGAAAAGACGUUUAUGAAUUUGUAAAAAAAGCUGGAAGGUUCAAAGAAACAAAAAGAACUGAUGGCAUUUCUACAUCGGACAUUAUAAUGAGGAUUGUCAAAGACUAUAACCAGUAUGUCUUGCGUAACUUGGAUCGAGGAUAUUCGAGAAAAGAGCUUGGUGUUAGCUUCGUAAAGGAAAAGCGACUGAGGGUGAACAUGAGGUUGAAGAAGCUACAAGAGAAAGUGAAGGAACAUCAAGAAAAAGUUGGAGAAAGGAUUCAAACUGUUGCAAUGCAUCGUAAUGAAUGGGUGGAAAAUGCUGAUCGCUGGGUUGCUGGAUUUCUUGAGAUGUUUGAAGAAGGGUGCCAUAAAAUGGGCACAGCAAUCAGGGAUCGAAUUCAAGAGCGAUUGAGAGGGCAGUCAAGUGGGCUGCUGGAAAAUGGUACAGAGAACAGUGAUGACGAAGAGGAAGAAUAUUAUUAUGAUGAUGAGGAUUAUGAUGACGAUGAAGAAUAUUUUGACGAUGAAGAAUACUACGCCGAAACAUAUGACAAAGAUGCAAAAACGAAGAAGUAG